GGCGCACUGAAGCUUUGCGUGCCAACUAUGGGUGGAUCCGCGCUCCUUCUUUGAGUUGCUUGCAGUUCGGACUUUUACAACGCCGGGCCGGUAGCUCUAUACUGAAGACAAGACUUAGAAGAGAUCCAUGACGAGGAUCAUGAGAGAGCAGCCUUUUCUGGACAAUCCGACCAAAUACCCGGAGUUCUCACUACUGAUCAAGAGGCACGAAUUGCAGCACGCCUUCAGAUGGGGGCUUCACCGACACAGGACGGUUGCGCUGCUUGCCCUUGCGGCUUGUUCGGCCAAGUUUUCUGGCGCCGCCGCGCCUUCGGCCGACUUCGAAACACCGGCGGCAUCCACGGUAGUCGACGAGUGGACAGCGUUCCUGACGAAGGGGCUGGCGCUCGACCUGUUGGCGAGGCACUUCGAGGGGAUCGGGAAGGCUCUCGCUUGCAUGUUCGUGAUGGCUCUCGUGGCCACCCUGGCAUACCCUCUGCAUCUUCUCAUCACUAGGCCACCAUCAGCAGUGCCGGCAGGGGGCGCGGGGAAGGGCCAGGCGGAAUCAGAACGUCGUUCGCCUGGGUCGCAGCGGCGGCAAUUGUCGUCGUUGUCGUCGUUGUCGUCGUCGUCGCCUUUCCUUCCCCUGUUGAGCGCCAUGGUCGUUGCGUCGACGACGCUACCGAUCUGGACGUUGGCGGUUUGGGGCUCGGUUAACCUGGACUGGGGGCUCGCCUCGGGAUUGAGUGUCGGGCUGUUAAGUGCCUGCCUGUCCCUCAAGAGUGCCUCCUUUGCGCAGUCGUGGUGUUGCUUCAAUGCACCCGUUACCACGGCAAAGGAAGCGGCGGAGGCGACGGGGGCGCCUAGCGGGGGAGAGACGAGGUCGCGGGAAGACGUUUGCGGGGACGGCGACCUGGCCGGCCCGCCGCUGCUAACCUUCGGGGAGUUUCUGUUCUUCAUCCUGGCGGCUCCAUCCUUGGUGUGCGAGCCGGAGUUCCUGAGAAAGCACGCUCGACGCGCCCCCUGCCCGGGCCGCGCGUUCUCCGAGUUCUCCCACGCCGUGCUCGUGUUCGUGGCCCUCCACGCCGCCUGCUCGGCGUUCUUUGCGCCGGUCAUGCGCGUCGUGGCUGCGGCCGUCUUCUCUACCCCGUCUCCUUCGCUUGUUGGCGAGAGCGCCCAAGCGGCGCUUGCCUCCGACUUUCGCGGCUGCGGCAGCGGCGAUGGCGAACACACGUGCGGAGGGUCGCCGUUUAAUGGGGCGACGAUUGGUUGGGUGGAUUGCGUUGGGUGGGCGGGGGCGGAGGGGAUUCACACCGCCGGCGGGAGCGGCGGGUGGUUCUUUUCCCUGCUGCUCGACGGAGGGGGGCCUGAGACAGCGGCGAUCUCCUAUUUCGAGUCGCUCUUUUGCGGCGGGGCCGGCGGCGCGGGACUGGCCGGGUGGUGGGGGAUCGCCGCUGCAUCGGCGUUGGCUAUGCUCGUGUUUUCUCCGAUGGUGCACUUCAUGGCCUUCUACGGCUUCUGGCACUGUGUGUGUCUCGGCUGUGCGGAGCUGUGGGGCUACCCCGAUCGCAACUUCUACGGGCCGUGGUGGCUGCUCGCAGAGGAGCCCGAUACCAUGUACCGCCUGUGGUCCACACCCGUCCAUCGGUGGGUGUCUUCGUGCAUCUACAGGCCUGUUGUUGGCCACAAGAACGCUGCUUUCUCCCAACCGGGGCGUAGUGGUGGGGGGGUCCGCCGGGGACUGGCUGGGACGUUGUGUAGGAAAUCGGAGGAGCACCAGCAGCAAGGAGGCUACGCGGAGGAGAAGAAGCAGCAGCAGCAGCAGCAGCAGAAGCAGCAGAAGCAGACGCAACGGCGGUGGACAUGGCGGAGACUCCUGGCGUUGACCUCCGCCUUCUUGUUCUCGAGCCUUGUCCACGAGGCGGUCACCUUCGUCGCGAUGCGCCGGACGUGCUGGCCGGUGAGCACCUUCUCCCUCGUCCUCUCCAUCUUCGUCAUCUCCGGGUGGGACGCCAUGUACCCCGUCAGGAGCAUCAUCUCCGAAAGCGCGGCGGUUUCCGGGGCCUCCGGCGAAGACAGUGGCGAUCGUCACGGGACUGGACCUCCCGCUGAGCAGGCAGUUUUGCCGUCGAGUUCAGCAGCUACAAGAUCGCAGCCGGGCGCAACGGCCACUGCGGCGGACGUCUCCUGUGGAUCUACAGUGGUGGAAACGUCAGACGGAACCUUGGAAGAUCAUUCCGAGAAAUCAUAUGUUGUGGUUGACCAAGCGCGGGAUCUGGGAGAGCAGCAUGCCAUCACCUCCAAGAAUGGUAGCGAUAGUUGCGGCACUGGUGGUGGCGGGGGUGUUGAUGGUGCCGGGAGGGUUUCCAACACGAAAAAGGCUGGCAGAGAGUGGCGGGGUUGGGGUGCGGUGGCGUUUUUCGAGGGCGCGUCUCUUGUGAUGGGGCUUGCCGUUGAUUUCCUAAUGUGGCAGUGGUGGCGACACACACUGUUGUACGAGCCCUGAUCCAUGUGACGACGGGGUCCUUGUGCGUUGAUGUGGUGGGGACACGUCCUGUUUCGUGUCUCUUGGGGAGAAUCACGCCGAACUGCUGCCGAGCAAUGUGUUGCUGCGGCUUUUUUUUGCUUGUCUUGUUGAGUGCCGAAUAGUAUCCACCUAGAAUGUGCACGCUCUUGCAGGGAUGCUAUAAUACUGUACAUAGAUGCGUGUGGAGAAUCUCAUCGGUUCCAUUUU